UUAAAAACUGAUUGCUAUGCUUCCCACGACUGCAUGCCCAAACUUCCUUACUUCCACUUCCAUUCGUAUCCCGAAUCUCACACAUGCCAGAAUAACGCUUAGCCACUGGAUUUCCCAACACUUGUGUUUUUACAAUACGGGUGAACGCAGCAAUGCAUUGCAAGCAAUGGCUGUUGAGGAGCUGAACUGAUGUUGUGUGGACUGUCCUCUCUUUACAAAUCUGUGGCUGUCAAGAUGUGUGGGUCUGUAUCUGCAAUAUCUCUGCAAGUGUGGGUGACACUGAUGUUGCUCUCUCGACUACAAGGUACGGUACUUGCACCAUCUCAUCUGCAGGCGAUAGCUGGACUUCCCUUUAUGCUGGCCUGCAAUAUUACAAUGGAGGCAGGAGAAGUUUUAAAACAAGUACUAUGGGAAGACAUGACAAAUACAACUAUACUACACUAUCAGCCUGGUGGGUAUGUCACCAAAGAGGAUGGAGUAGAGCUUUCACAGCAAACCACAGGUAAACAAGCUCACACCAGCGUCAUCACCAUCAGAAGAGCCGCGCCAGCCAACGAGGGCUGCUACCAGUGUCUUUUUGAUGUGUACCCAACUGGGCAACAGAGAGGAAGGAUGUGUCUUUCACUCACGGCAAUGGUGGAAAUGAUAGACAAUAAAACAGUUGUGAGCGGACAGACUGCUACUCUUUCAUGCGAGUAUAUUCUCACUAAGCAAGUCCGGCAGGUUUUAUGGAAAAAAACAGCUGAGCAAGGGGACACGGCCACUGUUGCUUCUUAUGUCAUUAAUGACAGACCCAUCAUUGAGAGCCCUUUCAAGGAUCGGAUCACUCUAAAUCCAUCAUUUGGGCUAAGCAAGCUCUCCAUACACCAGGCUCAGACAGAGGAUGAGGGCUGUUACACCUGCGAGUUCCACACGUAUCCACAUGGCAUUAAGAGCGAUACCGCUUGUUUGUCCGUUUAUGUCCUACCCAAACCUGAGGCUAGUUACAUCACCGUCUCACAGGGCAUUGUUGAGGCCAACUGCUCAGCCGUGUCACGUCCUGUGGCAGAGAUCUCCUGGAACGUGGAGGGUCAUAAUCAAACACUUGGCCCUGCUGUCACAUCCUUUUACCAGCUAGGGGACGGCACCACCAUGGUGGUCAGUUCCAUUCAAAUGCAAAGUGAGCUACUGGACGAUGAACUUGUCAAGUGUGAAGUUCGUCACCAAGGCCUUGAGACUGCCAUCUAUGUGACUCUAAAUAAAUCUAGGAAAGUCCAUCUCGUUCUCAUUUCAGCCAGCUGUGUGGCCCUUGUGCUGCUCAUAUGUCUGUGUAUCUGCCUGAAGAGGUGCUAACUUCGCCUGCUGAUGUGGCUGACUGAAAUAAAAGGAAAUGCUGCUAUGUUCAGAUGUUCACCCUGACCAAACAACGGUGUUCCUUCUGUCUGAAUCACAGACGAAUCUGAGUCAACGUCUUCUAAUAUAACUGAUAUUCAGUGUAACAGUAUAAAAUACAUUUAAUCACGACACUUUCUACACUAAAUGCCUUAUUUAUUAUAGACUGUAUAUUUUAGUAAAGCUUUUUUUUUCUUAGACAAACUCUACUCUCUAAAGUGAUCUAAAUCUAAACAUGACAUUAUAUAACCAUAGAAAACCAGACACAAUGUUAUUGUUAGCUUUACUGAUGUUUUAUCAGGGGAAACACUCUUUUAGUCAGGAGCACCUAUUUGGCCUUUGGUGCCAAGUUAUUGUCUUGAUGUUUGGAUUAAAGUGAUUAAAGUAUUACGAACAUUUUCCCACCAGAGGGAAGUGCACUAAUAGCUUAAAACAUUUAGCUCACCUGUAUCAUUCUGAAAUUAGGUAUUUCCAUUUCCCCUCACACCUCUUUGUGUUUUAUAAAACGUUCUCUGGAAAUUCUUAAAUAAUAAAGAAAAUAUGAACUUUGUUAAUCAAA